AUGGUCGACACCGAGCAUGAAGGCGGUGCUGCCCGCAGCAUGUCGAAAGACGAGGGUCGCCUGCGAGAACUUGGUUAUAAGCAAGAGUUGAAGCGCGAUUGGUCAUUGAUCCACAACUUCGGCGUCUCGUUCAGUAUUAUCUCUGUCAUCACUGGUAUUACUACACUGUUCAGUUAUGGAUUGACUACGGGAGGACCGGGGGUAAUGUCUUGUGGAUGGCUUGUUGUCUGCUUCUUCACCAUGUUUGUCGCAAUGGGCAUGGCGGAGAUUGUCAGUGCCAUCCCAUCGGCUGGAGGACCGUACUUUUGGGCCGCCAUUCUCGCGCCCAAGAAAUGGGCACCUUUUGCAAGCUGGGUUACCGGCUGGUUCAACCUCCUCGGCCAAGUUGCAGUGACAACAGGGAUCACAUUUGGUUGCGCUGGGUUGAUUUCUACUUUGGCUAGUAUCAAUGGAUAUGAGCCAACAGCUGGAAAGACUCUGGGCAUUUACGCGGCCCUUUUGUUUUCGCACGGGAUGAUCAACUCGUUCGGUGUGCACACCCUGCGCUAUUUGAAUAACAGCUCCAUCGUUUUACACUCUCUGGGAAUAUUUUCAUACGCGGUCGCCGUUGUAGCGAAGGCGCCCCAUCAUCAGAGUGCAAAAUUCGUCUUUGCGUCGUUCUAUGACGGAACUGGCGACCCUGGAUGGUCAGUUCGAGCAUCAUCCGCCUACGUGGCUUGCAUUGGGAUCUUGAUGUCUCAAUAUACUAUCACUGGAUUUGAUGCCAGUGCCCAUCUUGCAGAAGAAACGCAAAACGCAUCAUGGUCAGCACCUAUUGGAGUCCUCAUGUCCGUUGGGUGCUCUGCAAUAUUUGGGUGGUUCCUCAUCCUGUGCCUUUUGUUCAGCAUCCAGGAUUUCGAUCGCACCAUCAACUCGGAGUAUAGUCAACCAGUGCUGCAGAUUCUGGUUGAUGUCUUUGGCAAAACGGGUGCCAUUGUCCUCUUCACACUCGUCAUCGUAUGUGUAUGGCAUUGUGGUCUCUUCAGUCUGACCUCGAAUUCGCGCAUGAUGUUCAGUUUCGCCCGUGAUGGCGGUAUCCCACACUUCUUCCACAAGGUGGACGUACGCCAUCGGAGUCCAAUCCGCACCAUCUGGCUUGCUGCCUUCCUGGCGUUCCUGCUUGCCAUUCCCAGUGUUGGGUCUUCUGUGGCAUUUUCCGCGGCAACGUCCAUCGCCACGAUCGGGCUUUAUCUUUCCUACGGUCUUCCAAUCUUGAUAGGCAUUAUCAAUCCUGAAGGCUUCAUCCAUGGUCCAUUCAAUCUGAAGUGGUUCUCACGACCUGUUGCGAUUAUCGCUUGUCUGUGGAUCGCCUUCAUCACCGUCAUCUUCUGUCUUCCCGAACUAAACCCGGUUGACAGCCAAACGCUAAAUUACACACCUGUUGCAGUCGGCAUCAUCGGCGUUUGGUGCCUUGGAAGUUGGUUCUUGUGGGCUAAGAGAUGGUUCAAAGGUCCGAUCCGACAGGUCGAGGCAGAAGUCGCUGGUGUGAAUGUUGACGAUCCGGAUGCGAUGGAUCGCGCAGAAAGAGAGGGGAUCAUCCCGGUGAUUGAUGAAACAAACGGGGACAAUGAAAAGAGCAUAUUGGCCACAAUGAAGCACAAUUACAACUGA